CUAGGGCGCCAUCUGUUGAUAAAAGGACGUCAACAUAUCUUCGUCCAUCCCACUUCGAAUCUUUCGGGAAGGUGACAAAUUUGCUCAUAUGGGAGGUUAAAAGUAAUGUUAAUAUGGUGAUAUGUUCAGUUGAAUGAUUUCUACAUGGUGUGAAGCCAGGCGACACAAGUUGAUAAGCAACAUGACAGCAAAUCUUCCAGUCAAGUUGAAAUGGAUGGAGCAUAUGAAUGCUUCGUGGGUGGCAGAGGACUGGGCUAGAAUAGCCAGCCGAGAUGGAGUAAUGGAACUCUACUCUCGCCUCAUCACAAACAAAGAGAUCAUUGGUGCUCCCCGUCACACCCUCCACCUACAGGGUCCUCAGCUGCCUGAUUUUGAGCGUGAGUUGCCCUCCACGGAGGAGCAGGAGCAUUUUUUAGAACUCCUCCUUGGCACGCAACUGGGUCUAGCAAGGUCUGUCUGCACUGAUUCUCCAUUUUCUACCACACUGCGGAAACGCCUCCUGGUCCUGCGAAGGAUCUUUCAUUCUGUUUCUAGCAAAUAUCAUGAUUGUGAGAAAGUAAAGCAGCAGCAAAAGCUGCAGCAGGCUCAGUCAAGAACAGUUGAAGAGAAAUCAUGUGGACAGUGGGCUCGUUUUGGCACAGAUGCACUGAUUGAGAUGGGCGUCAGGACCAGCCUUACACUCCUCUUUGCGCUUCUUCGUCAGAACUGGAUGCAGCCACCUUCGACUGGGGCACCACAUCUUUGCAACGACGUGCUGCUCACAGCUAAAGAUGUGGUUAUCUCAUUGCCCCCUCUCUCGCUUGCGAACGAGAGCAAGAUUCCGCCCCUUGGUACAGAAUGCCUGAAGCAGGUUACCUCAUUCCUGAAAUCGGUCACCAUGCCGACGUCUGGUGCAGACCUGAUGGGGAAGAGAGUAGCUUGUGAGUUAGUUUUAGGACUGGCCAGUCAGAGAGGAUCUUUACAGCAUCUCUUAGAUUGGGUAGAAAUGGCUGUGGGAGCAUCAACUGCAGCAGCUACCCAGGGACUUAUGCCAGGACAAGGAGGCCCAGAACAGAACAGUUGUAUUUCGUAUGACUACUUCAUGUCUGUACUAGGACAGAUGAGGAAAGCCACGGGGUCAUCAGCUGAGAGGGGGUCUAUACUUUCUGAAAUGCAGAGCACUCAAGGACUAUGUCCUCUUUAUCAAGCAGCUCUUUGUCUUAUUGAAGAAGUUGCAAGGCUUGCAUCGGAGUAUGCAAGGACCUGCAUCAGUCCUGAAGAUAAGAAACCAAACAGUCUGGUGGUGUCAGAGAACAGUGAGGUGUUUGUAUGGGGUAGUAACAGUAGUCACCAGCUUGCUGAGGGUAGCCAAGAGAAGAUCCUUCUACCGAAGAUGGCUAUAUCCUUUGCUGAGAGUCAGCAGAUUGAAGCCGGUCAGUAUUGCACAUUCGUCAUCUCUUCGGAUGGCUCAGUGAGGGCUUGUGGGAAAGGGAGCUAUGGCAGACUAGGUCUAGGUGACUCUAACAAUCAGACACAGCUCAAGAAACUCAACUUUGAUAACAGCAUCAUCACAAGAAUAUCAUCUUCAAAGGGAUCAGAUGGCCACACCCUUGCGCUGACCUCAGAAGGUCAGGUUUUUAGCUGGGGAGAUGGUGACUAUGGCAAGCUUGGACAUGGUAACACAUUGACCCAGAAGUACCCUAAGGUCAUCAUGGGUGUACUGACUGGGAAGGUUGUGGUGUGUAUCUCUGCUGGAUACAGGCACAGUGCUUGUGUUACAGAUGACGGGCAGCUCUACACAUGGGGUGAAGGAGAUUAUGGAAGAUUGGGCCAUGGUGAUAGUAACAGUCGGAAUGUACCUACCCUUGUAAAAGACAUCAGUAAUGUUGGUAAGGUUGUGUGUGGUAGCUCCCAUACCAUAGCCGUGUCACAGGACAGUAGAACAGUAUGGUCCUUUGGUGGUGGAGACAAUGGUAAACUAGGCCAUGGAGACACAAAUAGGAUAUACAAGCCCAAGAUAAUAGAAUCAUUGAUUGGUUUAUUCAUCAAGAAGGUUGGGUGUGGUAGCCAGUCUUCAUUGGCUCUUACAUCAACAGGACAGGUGUAUGCAUGGGGCCAUGGUGCCUGCCUUGGGUGUGGAUCAUCAGAAGCCAUUUCGCUGAGACCCAAACUUGUUGAAGACCUCCAGUUUACAAGGAUCGUGGAUAUUGCCUGUGGGGACAGCCAUUGCCUAGCACUCACUCAUGAUAAUGAAGUAUAUGGCUGGGGCAACAAUGCUAUGGGUCAGUGUGGUCAGGGGCAUACUACUAGCCCCAUUACAAGGGUCAAGAAAGUGGCCAGUCUAGAAGGAGUGACCAUUCACCAGAUAUCUGCUGGGACCUCACACAGUGUAGCGUGGACAGCGCUGCCAUCAGAUAGGCAAGUUGUAGCUUGGCAUCGUCCAUUUUGUGUUGACCUUCAAGAGGGUACGUUCUCUCACCUGCGAUCGUUCAUAGAGCAUUACUGUGAGGGGUUCAGUGGAACACAGCCUCCACCCCCAUUCCCAACUUCCAGAGAGCAUCAGCAGUUUGUUUUACUCUGUCUCAAGUUAUUAUGCACUCAUCUUCAGCUUGCAUUAGCAGGAGGCCUGACUGCCAGUGUGCUAGGUAACCAGGCUAGGCCAUUACGUCAUCUUCUAUUCCGUCUUAUCGAUGCCAACACACCUGCAUCAAUACAGAAGGCUGUGAGUGAUACACUCUCUAUCGGUGCUCCCCUACUGCUACCCCCACUCAGAGAAAGAAUGGAACUAUUACAUUCAUUACUACCACAGGGACCUGAUCGCUGGGACAGCCUAUCCAAGGGACAGCGAAUGCAGCUAGGUAUCGUCCUGACAAGCCUUCAAGAAAACAUCCAUGUAGCUUCCUUACUGGGGUUCACCUCACCGUUAGAGGGGGAGCUCAGUCCACCCCUGGAGGGGGACAGUGGGAGUGGCAUGUCCAUUGGGGCUUCCCCUACUGAAGAUACUCACUUGGCUGAGGUCCUCAUGAAGACACUUCUGAGGAAUCUUGGAUAUCACACGGAGCAAGCAUUUGGUGAGCUAGAAAAGAACAGUGAUAAACGUCAACCAUCCAUUACUUGUGAAGAUGGAGCUCCACCGUCUCAUCUUAGAGAACUCUUAUCAUCACUUCAGAAACAUCUACUUGCUUACUGUCAUGCAAACAAUAGUAAUGAGAUUUCAUCUAGUGUCAGUCUUUUACACAAACACCUAUGCCUUCUUCUGCCUCAUGCUGUGGAAGUUCUACAAAGAUCUACAACUCUACUGAAGCAGAGCGGGAGCAAUGCCUCUCAGGCAGUUAGGAGCAAGCUAAGAGAUGUGCUGAUGAACUCUGCUGCUGGUUCCAUGCUGUCGCACAUUCUCCACUCCUUGCUCCUCCUACCAGUGACAGUGACACGCCCUCUUCUUCAUCAUCUCUUGGCUCUUCUACCAGAGCUUGAUAAGCUCAAUCGUCUCCUCCCUGCAGCAAAUGUCCUAGAAGAGCAGGAAAUGGAUUGGCCCAUGAGGGUUUCAUCAGACUCGCCUGACCCCACUGCCAUGCCGUUACCCCAGCCAGUCAGAGGGUGGGUGUGGCUGGUGGACCUAGAGCGCACCUGUUCCCUGGUGAUUGGCUGGUGUCUAGGGGGUAUGCUGGCCUGGAGACCACUAUCCAAGGAGGAGAGGGAGACCAGUGGAUGGAUGGUAUCCAAACUCAUGCAGAAUGGCAUGGAGAAACAGGUUCAACAUAUAGACAAGCUUGUGAGUAAGAUGUCAGAGGCAGCCAUGCUUGGUGAUGAUGACUUUGAUAUCUCUGAGCACAAGGUCCCUAAGGAAUGUUUAUCUCUCCUGGACCUGACACUAGGGAAGAGUAGGGAACCUGGACAGUUCAUUUGGACAUCCAUGCAGGAAUAUGCUCUUAGCAGAGGUUGGGAGACAAGUGAUGAUGAUUUGGAUGAUCUUUUAGAUAGAGCAACACGCUGUCUAUUGGCAUGUCUUCUCAAACAGACUCGCUUGUUUCAUUAUGCUGCUCAGAGACCAAGGUCGACCCUUGAGGACUCCAAGAUCUUGAUUGAAAUCUACCGGACCGUAUACCGGGUGAGACGCAAGCUGGUCACCACUAAGCUCAUGCAGAGGCAAGACACCCAAGAAGCAGAAUCAGAACCCAUGGAUGAAUCCUCUAACCUCUCUGAUUCAGAGAGUGGUGAAAGGACCAUGUAUCCCACCGCUGCCACUGCUUCUACCUCAUCAGGGAUGACCAUAGCGGUCAUCCCUUCUGUGGCAGGGGCAGCAGCGGCAACUGUCAUCACCUACAGCCCUAGGACAAAGUCAUUUGUGCGCAAGAAAGCUGAGCACCCAUCAACUUCUAGUAAUAGUCAGAACCUCAGUCUCUCUGACCUGGACAUUGACCCUGAGACAGAACCACCCAAGCCUGACCCCAGCAACACGGACGAUGAUGAAGACACAGUCAGGGAAGAAGACCCAGAACGUAGGGAUUCCUCAAAGGCUGCCCCAAAGCAGACCUACUUCAGCUUCAGUGAGGCCUGCAAGUCUUUGAUUGAGAGAUGUAUGUUCCUCAUCCUAGGUGUUAGUCCUGCCAUGUUGGAGAAUGGCCAUCAGAGUGUAUUGCCAGAUUUCGAUAAGACAGGAAAGUCAGAGGACAAGAAUGGAUCAACAAAAUCUGAGGAAAAGAUGAAGUCUUCAGAAUCUGGUGCUUCAAGCCAAGAUGGAAGCAAACUCUUCAGUGAUUUAGAUAAUAGAUCUCCAUUGAAGAGCAGCUUCUCAUGUAAUUCAAGCAAGCAUCAAAAUUGCCUCUCUUGCCUUAGAAACAUCUGCACGGAAGCAGUGAAUUUUGUAUGUCAGGAAUUCUCUCCUGCUCAGAUGAAUCGAGAGGAAGAGGAGCUUCUCUACUGUACUGACCCCAACACGGUGGCACUGGCCCUCCAGAAUCAACAGUAUAGAGCAGAGACGCGGUUUGAUGCCUUGAACCAGAUUCUUGCCCUUCUCCAUGGCAACCAAGACGACAAAACCAAGGAGACUCCAGAGGGCAGUGUUGAGAGCCCAUUCAGUUCUCUAUGUCUCCUCACGUCGGCUCACUUUCAGUUUAUGCUUGGUGCCUUUGGCUUGGACACGCUAGACCAGUGCAAUAGGGACACGUCCAGAACUAUGCAGCUCUAUCAUUAUAGUGACGGCAUUAGAUCUGCCACAAGAUCCACUCAAGACCAGAUCAGGGCUGUUGCUCAUCGGAUUUGCAAUCAUCUUGUUACAGUGCUAGCAGAGAGAGCUUCAGAAAUGAUGGCAAAGAAAAGUGCCCAACACAGACUGACCCUUGCCACUGUCUUUGCCCUGAGUGUCAAGUACCACCCCGCUGACAUCUGUCUGGCCAUCUCUAGUGGUAUCCUACCACUCUUGGCUGAUCUUUGUGGUGGUAAAUCAGCCCUAGCUCGUCCCCUACAUCCAUCACUCAUUGGUCUUCAGCUGCCAGGAGGGACUCCUCCAACCCUAAGGAUUCUCCAGGUGGCAAGCAUGAGACUGCUUCAGGUGCUAGCCAUUACCGCAGGAACAUAUGCCGAGCAGCUUGACAACAAGAUUGUCCAAUCAGUUGUUGAUCUACUUUGGGACCAGCUAGACAGUCUGAUGUCCCUGGCCAUCACCGACCCUCACUUGACCUCGGGUCGGAGGUCAAAGUCUAAUUCACUCACGGAUACAAGUUCUGGGUCUUUGAAAAGUGAACCGAAAUCUUCCAAGUCAUCCAAAGAUAAAGAGCAUAAGGUUGGGAGACGCACAAGGCAAGCUGCUCAGAAUGCACUUGGAGACUUCUUGGUGUUCCUACGUCGAGUCUCUAGCUGUAGAGUGGUACAGGCUAAGAUGGCUGACAGCGGAUGGACAGAUAUCCUAUUGGCUAUUGUUGGACAUCAUCCGCAGUCAGGUCUUCCGCGAAUUGAGAAUGUAAGAACAAGACUUCUAGCACUACAUCUACUUGAAACUGUCUUACCUGCACUCAACACAAACAAUAGAGGGCAGCAAAUCCAAGUCAUUGAACAGCUGAUGACCAACAUCUCGAACAGCAUGUGGUCAGCACCCCUCGCUAGUGCCCGUCACUGUGCCAACCGCAUUCAGAGUGCCCUUGCGAGACAACGAUCAGCUUCCACAUCCUCCUCUGAUGCAGGACGGCCCGAAAGCAACCAGAGGGCGCUUCCAUUCACCAAGAAGAGUCUGACAGACACGACAACCAUCAACAGCAAUAGCUGCUGGAUGAAUAUCAGUCUUGCCGAUGCUCCAUCAGAUGAUGAUGAUGACGAUGAUGGUCUCAUUCUGCAAGAUGCUGUCUUUGACCCUGAUAAGACAGUCUGUUGUAGCGUUGAGAACAGCCACACCCUCGUGCAUGGUUCUGGUGGGAGAGGGUAUGGGUUAGGAGCCACAGGAAUAACUGCUGGAUGCUACCAAUGGAAGUUCAACAUCGUGAAGGAGAACAAAGGCAAUGAAGGGACGUGUGUGGGUGUCUCCCGCUACCCUGUCAGAGACUUCAGCCACCGCACCACCUCAGACAUGUGGCUCUACCGGGCAUACAGCGGCAAUCUCUACCACAACGGAGAGCAUACCCUGACACUUCCAGGGUUCACCCAGGGGGAUCAUGUCACAUGUGUACUGGACAUGGAGGCAAGGACAGUGUCCUUUGGCAAGAAUGGAGAGGAACCUCGUUUGGCCUUUGAUGACAUUGAAGCCACUGAGCUCUAUCCUGUGGUCAUGUUCUACAGCAGUAAUCCUGGUGAAAAGGUCAAGAUCUGUGAUAUGCAAGUCAGAGGGGCACCUCGUGACCUCUACCCCGGUGACCCCCUCUGUGCCCCAAUGACCUCCAUCCUGUCCGAAUCCCACAUCUCAUUGGUCAAUUGGCUUCAUCGGAAUGACCAGUGGCGUGACGUUGUCAACUCUUGCCUCCUUGACCGCCUCAAGUCAAUUGGUCAAGUCUUGGGUCAUCUCCAUGGCGAUACUACCUCGGGUAGAGGUGAGGCUAGAAGUAGGAGUCAUUCAAAAGGAAAUAAGGAUACCAAGAAAGUGGACAAAUUAAAAGAGGAUGACACAAAAGUAACAGAAAAAACUAAGGGUGGGACUGAAGAAACUGAGAAAUCAUUGGAAAUGGUUAGAAAAGAAGACAGCAGUAAGGAGGAUUUGAAGGAGAUGGAGGUUGUUCAAACCGAGCAGAACAGCAAUGAGAAUAGAGAGAUGGUACCUACUAGGCAAACAAUAAACUCAGGAAAGAGUGAAGAGGUGAAAAGGGAGGAAGUAGUGGAAUAUGACAUCCCAUCAGUGUCAGAUAAGAUUGAAGGAAGGAAGGAUUCAUCGAAGGAUGGAGAGAAGGAUAAGAAGGAAGAUGAUGCAAAGGAAUUACCAUCAGCUUUCCCGGAUGACAAGAAGAAUGAGACUCAUAUUCAAAGUCUUGAGGAUAUGUGUCAGCAUGUCUGGCCAGCCUUGGCCAUCAUUGGUGGUAUCGAUAGAGGUCUACGGAUGGGAGGGCGUUGUAUCCAUCGACAGACGUCGAGGGAGGCGGUCCUUCUGGGCGUGGCCAAGGUCGGUAACUCCUCCGCCAAGGUACAGUGGGAAGACGGUGAUGCCAAUAUCAGUGACAGUGCAAUAUCCAACUUGGAACCUGUGAUACCCAUGACCUUUGACACAGGUCGAUUGCAAGGUUUGACCCCAUCCCUCCUCUCCAACCUAGCCCUCCUCUCUGGUCUAGCGGAGGAGACUCCAAAGACUUCCCCAAGGGAAGGGGGAGCAAGACAAGAUGGGGCAAAGGGUAAUAAAGGAAAAGAUGCGGUGAGGGAGGGCAAAGAAGAAGAGAGGAAGGAAGAAAAGGAACAGGAGAUUCUUGAAAGGUCAUUAGAUGAGGAUAUAGCUAAAGCAAUGGAUGAUGAAAUGCAGAAUGGAGAUGCUGCCCAAACCCCAAAGUCAACUGAUCCACCUGUAGAUGAGACAGCAUCUGCUUCCAAGACUUCCUCGCCAGUACCUGAUGAAGUUGGAGCAAUCAGUUCACCCUUGGCAGUCUCUGAACAGGACAAUGGAGAUGUUUCUGCUACUGAUGAUGCCAAGGCGGCUGCUGCUGCUGGCUCUGGUUCUGUGACAACAGAGAUGGUGGAGGAAAUGCUUCAGAGCAUCACAGAAGAUCUUCAAGCCAUGUCUUGCCAGGAAACAACACCUGACAGCACCCAAGUGACUGAUGCCAUCGCCGCCUCAGGUGAUAUCCCCAAGACGGACAAUCAUGCUGCAGUUGCAGCAGCUCCUCCUGAGAUCUCGGUCUCCAUGUCCAUUAGUACUUGCACCAUUCAACUCACACAACCUGCGGGCAAUGACAGCAACACUGCAACGUCAUCUGCAACAAACGUCUUGGCUCCUCCUGCUGUGACCCAACUGGCAGCGAACCCUCCAAGAACAGACAAAGAACCUGCAAAUAUACCAGCAAGCAGUGGUGUUGGCGAGGCAGGACCAACUAGUGAUCGACGAGGAAGUGCGAUAUCCAAAUCAAUAGAUCCAAUUGAACAGGCACAGCUUGAAAUGAAGCAGGUUAUGCUAGCUCUCGUUAGGGUCAAUGCGAUGAAGUCUUUGGGAACCAUCAUUGGAUGCAGUAAGUAUGCUGAAAUGCUCCUUGUCCCAAAGAUGGAAACAAGUAACAAAUCGGUGAAGCGGCAAAACAGCAAAGAGAAAUCAUCCACCCAGUCAACGUCCACGUCGUCCUCUAGGCCACCAAGCCCUAAGUCAUCGGAUGGUGACGAUCCUCCAAAGAGUGGGGAAUGUCUGGAGGAGUUAAGGAGUACCCUUCGGUCAAUCAUGAGACGACUGGUCAAACAAGCUGUUAUGCCAUCGCCCAUCAAACGUGUUGUUUCUAUUGCUGAACUAGAGAGGGCGCAAGCCAUGUUGGUGAAAGUAACAGCCCAAUCUCCAUUUGCUGUCGAAGAGGGUGAAGAAAGGGGAACAAAUGAAGCAGCAUUACCUGCAUCAACUUCUUCCAAACCAUCCCAAACCCCACCCCAAGACUCUCUCCUCCCCCAAGGGGAUAGCAAUGACCAAUCACAGGACGAAGGCCUGUCCCUGGCUCCGGUCUCCGCCCCACCCACACCAUCAUCCUCCAUCCCUCCUCGGAGAUUGAGGAGGAUUACUCGCAACAAUGGCACCCUGACUCUAAGACGUCAACCCAGAGGGCCUCCUAGGGUUCCUGCUGACACGCCCCCACCGUCACCAGAUCCAUGUGAGUCUGCAAGAGAAACGGCUGCAGCAGCGAGCAGGGCAGCUGCCAGACGAGCUGCUUCUCCUCCUCCCCCUCCUAUCGCUGGUCCUCUACUAGAGAUGGGUUUUACUAUACAGCAUAUCCAGAAAGCGAUGGAAGUCACUGGGACGAGGGGAGAGCUUGACCCGGAACGCAUCACUGUCCUUGCAACUUGGAUGUUGGAGCAUCCUCACACGGCUGAGCCAGAUCCCGAGGAGGAAGAAGAAGAAGGCAUCGAUGAUAGUGAAAUCUUGACAGGAGCAACUGUUGGGUUGAGCUCUACUUCACUUUCAGUUGAAGAAACAGCUAAUACUGAUGCCAUGGGUGUUUCAACUGACAGAGAGAAUGGCUUAGAUGCAGGCAUUGAGGAAUCUAUCUUCAUGGUCGACGAGGCUGGCAUCACACCUGCCAUAACUACAGAACGUCCUCCAUCCCGUCUGGAGAGGUAUAGAGCAGUAGCUGACCUGUCGUCACUUGCCAAUGCUAUGGCUAGGAGUCUGGAUACACCGAGUGUUCCAUAUCAAGAUCUGAUGGGAGUUGGAGGUGGCCUCCUGUCAAGUGCCUUUCCUCAGAACCUACCUGACGUGACUGUCUUUGAUAACGAGGACAUGGACUUGGAUGAUGACCAGACUAACACACUCCUUGCUGAAAUCACGUCUGAAACAGAUCUACUUGGACAGUGGUAUGAGGAGCUGUCACAUGUCAGCUCUGCUCAGGUGACCUGUGAGCUCUGUAACACCAUGGUGACUUGGUUCAACCGUCACAUGCACCAGCAUCACCCUGGCUGCGGCAAGAGCUGUGGUCACAUGGGAUACCGUAGCAAUGGCUCCUACGUUGAUGGUUGGUUUGGAGGGGCUUGCGGGACAGGCACACCCUACUACUUGCUGUGCCAAGACUGCAGGCAGAAGUACCUUCAAGGAAAGCCUUCGCAGCAUUCACCUGUCGCUGUUGACUUGGGUGUAGGAGCAGAUGCUGGAGCUGAUGAUGAGACUGGUCAUCUUGGAGUUGAUGAAGAUCUACUUCUAUCUGGCCAAGAGAACUUUGAACAGGUCAUGCAUCGUCUUGGUUUGACUGAUAACAGGCCCAUUCCUUCAGCUCUCGACUUCUCAGAACAAGACCCACUCGGGGCCAAGGCCUGCUGUGAUUGUAAAGGACAGACCAGCUCUGGCAGUGCACAACAAAAUGAUGCGACCAGUUUCCCAAGCAUCAAUGGACAACCUUGUAGAAUGUCUUUAGGGGAGCAGGUGUCUAUCUUACUGACACCCCAGGAGAGAGGAGUAGCACUCAGAAAGGUAGCUGCAGCUUCCCAAGUUCUCCUUGCACGGUCAAUGGUGAUGAGAGCUCUUUCGUUGUUGUCUGUCAGUGGGUCAGCAUGCAAUCUCUCUGAAGGACUGGAGAGACUAGGCCUCGCUGACAUCCGUCUUGUUGUCCGUCUCAUGUGCCUGGCCGCAGCAGGCCGAGCUGAUUUCACAUCGAUGUCGACCUCAUACCCCGACACCAGCUUCUCUCAAACUCAGUACUACCCCAGUCCCUCAUCGACCACCAGUUCAGUAGUGGAUGCUAUCAGCCAUAGUUCUCCGACAUCUAGUCUCUCGUACCUUAGCUCGGCCAUAGGAGCUCUGGUCUUGAGCAAUCCUAGUGCUGCCAAACUGCUUGUUCAGUUAUGUACAAAGGAUCUGUUAUCGGCUGCCUGUGGUCUAAAUAUCGCAGCUAUAGACACAAGACGAGUUACUAUGGCAACGGAGGACCCCGGAAGUUCAGAUCAGAGGGCGUUAUCAUCCCCUAGUUUUGCAGUAACUAAGGCUCUUGUUGCUCUGUUAGCCAAGAGUACACCAUCUACAGCAAAGUCACAUGGAACAAGUGACAGUAAAGAUGCCAAACCAAAGUCCAAUCCUCUACUGCUUGCCAAUGCCCUGGCGGCCUGCUGCCUGUCAAGUCGUCUAGCCAGUGAACAUCGUCAGUGGGCAGCACAGCAGCUGGUCAAGGCUCUAGCCGGCAAGGCCAAGGAAGAGACAGGGUCCAGGGGUCCCCAGUCCCUCCCCAUGGUGGCUGAUGUCCAAGGAGAGCUGCCUCAGUGCCCAGUGGAGAAGGUAGAGGCUCAUACAGCACCCCUGACAGCCAGCAGGUGGAAUUCCAAGAAGGCUCUUCUAGCAACAUGUGGUCGAGAUGGGCGUGUCCGCACCUGGAGUCUGACCCCCUCCUCACACCCCUUACCCCAGCAGAUAUGCACCUUCUCUGCCACCGAGGACCAGAUUGCAAUCCUGAAGGGGCGCUACCCAGAUGGACUGCCCCUCUCAAACUUCUGCUGGACUCCCAGUGGUCGCAUUAUGGCUGGCUCUGUUGACAACCUGGUCAAUAUUUGGUUUACUACAGGUGGGCGUGGUCACUUAGACAUCCAACCCCAGUUGGUAACAUCCCUGACAUGGCCUCUUCAUAAAGGUCUACUAGAGGGUAGGGCUGGUACUACCACUGAUAUGUUGGUGGUAGGGAGGGCCGAUGGUUCUCUUGGUCUGAUUGAGAUCCUAGAUCAUACUACCUUCCAUCGGGUAGAACUGGAGCAGUGCUACAGACAGGGAGUUGCUGUUACCUGCCUAGCAUGGUACGAUGAAGACCAUCGGUUUGCUGUAGGUUACUCUGAUGGUCAGCUUGCUUUCUGCAGUAGAGAUACCUUUGAUCCAGAACCAUCAUUUGUUCUAGAAGCUCAUGAGAACCAAGUACUGUGUGUGGAGUGGAACACUACUGGUCAUCUCCUGGCCAGCUGUGCGGCCGGAGAUGCGGUCAAGAUCUGGCUUCAGACAGGCAAGCAGCCAAGCUGUCUAUUUGAGCUUCAGCUUCCAUCCUGUCCCCUGGUCUCUACCUUGGAAUGGUGCUUGCUCAGUCCUCAUCUUAGUAACCCUAAUUUCAUUCUUGCCAUUGGUUGCGUAACUGGUAGUCUUCAUGUGUGGAGGAUACCAUAUCAGAGCCGUAUGGACAUACCAACACCGUUAGGAUCUAGACCUAGGCAGUUCUUAGAACCACUCACACCAGCCUCACCAGCUCAGGAAAAGAGCAGUGUUGCAGAUGAAAAGCCCAAAGAGUUGAUAGUGGUCAAAGGUCACUCGGGGGUCAUCACACAUCUGACCUUUAGCCAAGAUGGUCUGUUGUUAGCAUCAGGGUGUUCAGAAGGCCUUGUUAAUGUAUGGGCAUUACAUGAGGGUGCUGUUCUACACACCUUCAAGGGAGACGGCCCUGUCCAGGAUCUAUCCUGGACAUCUAAUGCCAGUUUGGCCUUCUGCUCAGCCAAGUCCCGUUUCUUGACCAUUGGUGUGUGCUCCGAGGACUGGUACCUCAAGCACCGGGUCUAUGCUGCCUGCCGUAUGGCACUGGUCUCUCAGGGUAUUGUAGGGCUGCACCAGGCUCCGUUCCUACGUGCAUUCCUGGAGAGACUGCCCAUGAUCCUACAGACACAGUACUCAGCUGAGAAGGGACAAGUUUUGAGAGGGGAUCAGCUUGUCCAUAGCAGCUUCCUCCAGUGUCUCGCUGCCCUUGCUCUUGCCCUCAACCUGGGCCAUGCCCUGUACCUCCACCCUCGCCCGCCCCACCUCACCCUGGAAGACGACACCCCUAUACUGCCAGAAUGGAACUGGCUAUCCUCAUUCUGCACUGCAAUGAAAUCGGCCACUGCACUCAUGCAGAGGGAGGGAAUGCCCCCUGAGUUUGUGGUGCCCAACAUGGAGUUACUCCAGGCCGGUGAGAGGCCGAGGCCGACGGUGAACAGCGAGUGGUCCCUGACUAUGGAUCAGCAGAUCAUGUCAUGGGCAAUGCAGAAACCUGAGGAUUGGCAGCUAGGAGGACGUUGUGAGGUGUUUGUCUGGGGAAGUGGUAGGCAGGGACAACUAGCAGAGACUGGUCGAGGUACAGCCACUCCCAACCUUGUCACCUCAUUCUCAUCAGCACAGCAAGUAAUCCUUGGUCAGAACUGUACCUUUGUGAUUCAUUCUAAUGGGACAGUGUCAGCCUGUGGUGAAGGAAGCUAUGGGCGGCUUGGACAAGGAAACUCGGAUGAUCUUCAUACUCUCACUGUCAUAUCAGCUCUUCAAGGUUUUGUGGUGACCCAGCUUGUCACAUCAUGUGGUUCAGACGGUCACUCUAUGGCUUUGACUGAGAGUGGAGAAGUGUUCAGCUGGGGGGACGGUGACUACGGUAAGCUAGGACAUGGUAACAGUGAUAGGCAGAGGAGACCAAGACAAGUAGAGGCACUGCAAGGAGAGGAGAUAAGUCAGAUGGCGUGUGGUUUCAAGCAUUCUGCUGUCGUGACAUCAGAUGGCAAACUCUUCACAUUUGGUAAUGGAGACUACGGUCGUCUUGGACAUGGUAACACAUCUAACAAGAAGACUCCUGAACCUGUCAUAGCCUUAGGCCAGUCUGUGGGUCAGGUAUCAUGUGGCAUGAACCAUACCUUAUGUGUGUCAGCCGAUGGUAAUAUUGUAUGGGCGUUUGGUGAUGGUGAUUACGGCAAGCUUGGACUGGGUAACUCUACAGCCAAGUCUUAUCCACAGAGGAUUGAAACCUUGUGCAACAUUGGUGUAAAGAAGGUUUGCUGUGGCACUCAGUACUCUGUUGCUCUCACAAAGGAUGGUAGAGUCUUCACAUUUGGUCAAGAUCGUUUGACAGGACUACCAGAGAACAGGGCCCGUCUUGCUAACCGACCCCAGCAGGUCCUAGCCCUAGCAGGAUUCUUCGUAGAGGACAUUGCAGUAGGAUCAGAACACACCCUGGCCCUUACUAGCACUGGUGAUGUCUGGGGGUGGGGUAGUAAUAGCGAUGGUCAGCUAGGGUUGGGUCACUUCAACACAGUCAGGGAGCCUGUCCUGGUUGGUUCGUUGCAAGGGAAAAACAUCCAACAGAUUUCUGCAGGGCGUAGCCACUCUGCUGCCUGGACAGCACCCCCUGUACCCCGAUGCAGCCCUGGUACCCCUGCUCCCUUGCAGCUUGGUCUACCUGAUCGUAUCCCAACUCAGUAUACUGCCCUCAAGGAUUGUAGUCCAGGUAGUGUCAGGGCUCGUCUCAGACUCCUUCAUCACUUCAGUGAUCUUAUGUAUUCAUCAUGGAGAUUACUCAAUCUAGAUCCAGCUCAGCACAUAACUCUAGGUCCUUAUGGAGCUGGUAUCUCUGGCUUGAUGGAUGGCUCUCUGCGGCCGUUAUUGGCGCCCAGGGUCUACACCCUCCCUAUGGUGAGGGCUAUUGGUAGGACCAUGGUACAAGGCAAGAAUUAUGGCCCUCAAGUCACCGUCAAGAGAUUAGCAACAAGGGGACGGAAGUGCAAACCCAUCUUUGUGCAGAUAGCCAAGCAGGUUGUACGACUGAAGCCAGCCGAUCUGAGGCUUCCUGCUAGAGCUUGGAAGGUUAAAUUAGUAGGAGAAGGUGCUGAUGAUGCUGGAGGGGUGUUUGAUGAUACCAUCACAGAGAUGUGUCAGGAGCUUGAGUCUGGGACUGUAGGUCUUCUCAUCCCAACACCAAAUGCAGUCUCAGAGACGGGCAGUAACAGGGAUAGAUUCUUACUGAGCCCUUCAGCCAGCUCCGAGGAGCAGCUAUCUCUUUUCAAGUUCCUUGGUAUCUUGUUUGGAGUAGCCAUUAGAACAAAGAAACCUCUUGAUCUUCAUCUUGCUCCUGUGGUCUGGAAACAACUGGUCGGGAUACCCCUUACUACACAAGACUUGGAAGAGGUGGAUUUUCUUAAUGUGCAGAAUCUGCGAAGCAUCAGUGAUAUUGACAAGAGUGGAGUAAACGAAGAUAACUUUCAUGAGGUGAUACCCCUUGAGAGGUUUGAAGGUCAGAGUGCAGAUGGAAGGUUUGUUCCCGUUGUACCUGGGGGCUGGAGUAUCCCUCUCACAUUCAGUAACAGGAAGGAAUACGUCGAGAGGGCUCUGGCAUACAGAUUACAUGAACUCGACAGACAGGUGGCUGCUGUAAGAGAAGGUAUGUCAUGGAUCAUACCAAUACCACUCCUCUCACUCCUGACAUAUCGCCAGCUGGAACAGAUGGUUUGUGGGAUGCCUGUCAUCUCAGUCGAUAUCCUCAAGAGAGUUGUCAGAUACCGUGAAAUUGACGAACACCAUCCCUUGGUCCAGUGGCUUUGGCAGACUCUAGAACAGUUCACCAACGAAGAACGUGUCCUCUUCAUGCGCUUUGUGUCUGGACGGUCCCGCCUCCCAGCAAACAUUGCAGACAUCUCUCAGCGUUUCCAAAUCAUGAAAGUGGACAGGUCUGUUGAUGGACUCCCUACUGCCCAGACCUGUUUCUUUCAGCUUCGUAUUCCACCCUACUCAAGUCAAGCCAUCAUGGCAGAAAGACUACGCUAUGCCAUCCAUAACUGCCGCUCAAUCGACAUGGACAACUACAUGCUAUCCAGGAACACAGAUGCUGCAAACCUAUCUGAUGGAGAGAUGUAGGGAGUGUGUUCCUCAUAUUAGCCUUUGGCAGUAGGACAAUAUAUCUACUGCUUUCAAGAAACAUGGACACUGCCUAUUUUCAGAUCAUCAAGUGUACAUGUAAGACAGUCUGAUGGUUUGGAAGAGAAAUCAAUUUGCUGCAGAAAAACCAAGCUGUUUCAAAGCUAAUCAAUUGUGAGCUGAUUGUGAGUAGUGUGUUACGAUGGUGCUCUUUGACAGUUGGACAAUACAUCUACUGCAAUCAAGAAACCCAAACACUCUCAAUGAUUCAGAUAGUGCAGUGUACAUGUAGAGUGUUCUCUGAAGAUAUUCUGACAGUGUAGCAAGCGCAUCAUUUGUAGUCAAGAAACCUGACGCUGCAAGCUAGUCUGACGGUGAGGUGUAUGUGAGCUUCUAAGGUGCUCUUUGUAUGUUGGACAAUACAUCUACUGUUGUCUAGACACCUGGACACUGCCAGUUAUUCAGAUGGUGCAGUAUUCUGUAAAGACAUACUGACAGUUGGUAAGCACGUCCACUAUUUCUGAGAAACCCAGAUGCUGCAACUUGUUCGGUGAUGACAUUCUAUGGCCCUGUCAAUUUUUCUCAAGAUUGUUAGAAAACUGGAUGCCAUUAAUUCAUCAGAUUAUAAGCUUAGUAAUUUGUGGACAUGGGUAGUUCUGUUUUCUUGCCAUUGUGACAUAUGUUAGUUGUAUAUAAUUAUCACCUGAAUGCUGUAGACCAGGCAAUGAGAUUAAGUUAUUUUCCAAAGACAACAAUUUAUAAAAGUGUCAACAUUUUCUGUUAUGUAUUGUGUGGUAAGAGGUUUGGUGGUGCAAGAUUACUUGAUGUCAAUGUGCAAGAGAGAAUAUUUAUUUCAGGAUGAUACCAGUCAAAUAUCAGCCCACUUGCCUGGGUUUUUUGACAUUGCAAGGUUUAUAUAAAUAGGACAUGUAUUUUUUAUCAGUUUUUAUUACUUUUGCUGAAGUAAUUGCAUUAAAAAGUGUGUGAGCUUUACUUGCAUGUUUUCUUUAUGCAUGUCUGGCAUGUAACAGUACAUGAUAUUUUUAAGUUUACAGUCAUGUAUUUUAUAUUAGUCACAAAUGAUAUGGCUUGCAUCUGAAAAAAAAACGAAAGCUUAUCUGUCAUUAAAAUUGAUUUUUCAUACCCGAAUGAAAACAUACAGUUUGUCUGUGUAUGUACUUGUAGAUGUGCAGUUUAUCACAAAACAGUUGAGGAAAAACAAUGAUACUAUGGGAAAAUAGUUGAGAUAGGACAUACAUGUACACUGUAUGGUUCCAUUCAAGUUAUAUAAUGAAAAGAGGUUAUUCUAUAUUUGCUACAUGAACAGUACUCUAAAUAUGUUGUUGAGGAGAGAGGUAUACUGUAUAUCUUUGAUUUCUGAUGUUGUAUGUGUAAGUUAUAUUUAAUGGAAUUAAAUGCUGCUUUAACGGUUAUUAUUUGGAAUUGUUUAUUAGCAGGGAGCUUCAGGGAUCAACUAGUGUUUAUUUAUUAGGUUGGCUAACCAUUCUAAUCAAAGUGGACCUUCUUGCUAGAUUUCAGGUUGUAUUUGAGCGAGUCACUCAGGCUAGAAUCCUAAACACGAAUCACAAAUAAAAAAACACAAAAAGAAAAUAUGGUGAAUGCAGGAUAGCAUUUUGGCAGGUUUUUAUUAAAGCUGAUUCAGCUUCAUUUAAAGCCUACCCCCUUUCUACGCAAGCCAGUGCAGUCAAAGACAUCAUAAAUCCAUGAUCAGGAUUUUGGUUGACCUGAAGCAAUUUGACUGGUUCUACAAAUCAUCUUUCUAAUGGUUAUAUGUUUGUAUUUUGACAAACAUAAUUUUCACAAAUGACAAGAAAUUGCCUGAGUGCUGCCAUGGUUUAGUGUAAACCUUUAAAACUCUUAUUUUUUAAGUGUUACAAAAGUGAAAACACUAAUAUUGGUAUAUCGGUGAACAUAACACAGAUACAGGUACAUGUAUGUCGGGUUUACGAAUUGAAUUAAUAGCGUAUGAACAAUAAACUUAACAGUUUAGUUACAUCUAGAGAAGUUGUUAAAUAGAUGGACUGUGCAACAUUUUUUGAUUUUUUUUUACUUUAUAUUUUCAGAUGAAUAAAAGAAUGUAGCAAACAAAAAAUAUGGUGAAAUACAAAGAUAACUAUGUGCAAUGAAUAUAUUUACUUAUUUUCGUUCAUAUACAGAAAAAAAUGAUCUUUGUUGCUGUACAUUCAUAUGUUCCAGAUUCGAGGAAAAGUCUCUAAGGAAGAAAAAAUUCUAUAUCUGUAUAAAUCUUGAACUAUUUCAAAGAAAUGUUACAUUUUUAGAAGAGAAAUAGGUAUAACAGUGUAUUCUUCAUAUCAGGGUUAUUCAAUUGAUCGCCCAAUAUUUUUAUUUGAUUUGUUGUAUAUUUUCUUAUACAAAUAUAUAUACAUGCAAGUUUAGUAGAAAUAUAUAGAAAGAAACUGAUAAAACGGUGUAUCCAGAUAAAUUCCUUGAAUGCACCAAGCGAUGGAAGUCACAGCCCGAGCACCUCAGAAUAGAAUUGAUCGAUAAACGGCACUGAAUAAAUACCU